GCUGGGGGUGCAGGCGGCUAGCGGGGCUCCGCGGGGCGGCCGGUCCUGUGCGCGCCGGGCGCUGGCCCCGAGGCGGGGCCGGCAGAGGGGGGACACUCGGGUCACGCGCCGCGCCUCCGCGCCCUCCCCCCGGGCCCGUGCGGCGACGUCACACAGCGGCCCCGGGCGCCUGGAGACGCGCCCUUUGUCCCCGCGGCGCCGCGCGCCGGGCACAGGCGGGCACACAGCCGCCGGCAUGGGCCGCGGGAAGCGGCGGGGCUGCCGGGGCGGGUGGCGGGCCGGAUGCGCCAGGCGCCAGCCCCGGCUGCGGAAGGCCAGUAGGCGGAAGACCCGGGCCUGUCGGCGCCACAGAGCGCAACCCCGGCGGAAGAGACGCAGCUGCGAAAGGCCGGAGCCGGCGGCGCCCGCCGGGAUCCCGCAGCCGUGCGGGAUCCCGGAGCCCUGCGGCGUUCCAGACCCUCUGACCACCUUCGAUGAUUCUCCUUGCGCAUCCCGGGACGACUGGCGCUCUGCCCGCUCCAUGCACGAGUUCUGCGCCAAGGACAUCGACGGGCGCAUGGUGGGCUUGGACAAGUACCGGGGCUCCGUGUGCAUCGUCACCAAUGUAGCCUCUCAGUGAGGCAAGACCGACGUAAACUACACUCAGCUCGUCGACCUGCACGCCCGAUACGCUGAGUGCGGUUUACGCAUCCUCGCCUUCCCCUGCAACCAGUUCGGGAGGCAGGAACCAGGGAGCAACGCUGAAAUCAAAGAGUUCGCAGCCGGCUACAACGUCAACUUCGACAUGUACAGCAAGAUCUGCGUGAAUGGGGACGACGCCCACCCCCUGUGGAAGUGGAUGAAAGUCCAGCCCAAGGGGAGGGGCAUCCUGGGGAAUGCCAUCAAAUGGAACUUCACUAAGUUCCUCAUUGACAAGAACGGCUGUGUGGUGAAGCGCUAUGGUCCCAUGGAGGAGCCCCUGGUGAUAGAGAAGGACCUGCCCUGCUAUCUCUAGUUCUGCAAGUGUGUGCCGCCCCCGAGCCCCCUGCCCGCACCCCCGCCCGCAGUCCCAGAGCCUUCCGCCCGGCACCCAUGACGGCCUGUCUGCAAACCAGCCCGCUGGUGGGGCAGACCCGAGAAUCCGGCGUGCAGCCCCCGCCGAAGGAAGGACCCUGCAGUGGGCGCAGCGCGGUGCCCCCAACCCUGGCUACCUUGUGGGAAUAAAACGUACAAACAGGC